GUUUAGUCGCUCGCGAGGAGGCAACGCAGAAAGACUUGCAUUCGAUAGCAGCAAGGGUAGAAACAGCAGCAGCAGCGUUGAGAUCGUGUCAUUGGUUGAAAAGUAGGAGCAGAGUGGCAGGACUUAUAGGCGGAUAGGUGGAACACAGUGAGGUGGGUUCCCCCUUCCGGCUGCUAAGUAGUUUGUGGGUUGGUACGCGACCAUCCCCCCUCCCCCCUCUCGCGAAGGAAAGUGCAGUGCAAGUACGGAGGAAAGCAACCGGUGUUAUAUUAGUUGGCGGUGGAGAAGCGUGGUGGUGUUGAUGGUAGUGGUCGCUCAAUCUCAGGUUGUCCAGGAGGAUCCAGGAGCAGCACGCAGCCACUGCUAGUGCAAGGUUCACGCUUUCCACAGAUUGACGCCCUGAAUAUCCUUCCGAAGGUACCCACUAACGGCAGAUUAGAAUGCACGGAGCCGUAGAUACCGACAAGAACGCCGAUUCGGCUUCCUUGCGCGAGAAGGUGCAGCUGCGAAAGGGUGAAAAAUGGCGGAUCCUUAAGAACAUUAUCACCGUUUCAUUUGCCUUUAUGGUGCAGUUUACAGCCUUCCAGGGCACCGCGAACUUGCAGUCAUCGAUCAACGCGCAGGAUAGCCUCGGUACGGUUUCGCUGGCUGUCAUCUACGCUGCCCUCGUUAUCUCCUGCAUCUUCCUGCCGACGCUGGUGAUCCGCAAGCUGACGGUCAAGUGGACCCUGUGCUUCAGCAUGCUCUGCUACGCACCUUAUAUUGCCUCGCAGUUCUAUCCUCGAUUCUACACGCUGAUACCGGCCGGGGUACUGCUCGGGUUGGGCGCCGCUCCGAUGUGGGCAAGCCAGGCAACCUACCUGACGCAGCUUGGUCAGGUGUACGCCAAGCUGACAGACCAGCCGGUCGAGGCGAUUAUCGUGCGUUUCUUCGGUUUCUUCUUUCUAGCCUGGCAGACGGCCGAGCUCUGGGGCAAUCUCAUCUCCAGUCUGGUGCUGUCUAGUGGUGCGCACGGUGCCGCACCGGCCAGCUUCGACGACAGCAUCAAUGGUUCGGCGACGAUCAGCCACUCCAACGACGACGCCCUGAGCUACUGCGGUGCCAACUUCUGCGUGGUCGGAACGUCGGACAACAGCAACCUACAGCGGCCGCCCGACUCUGAGAUCUACGAAAUAUCUGCCAUCUACCUGUCCUGCAUCGUCGGUGCCGUCAUCAUCAUCGCAAUUUUCCUAGAUCCACUAUCGCGGUAUGGUGAGCGUCGGCGCGGUUCUAUUUCGGCCACCGAAAUCUCCGGUAUGCAGCUCCUGUCGGCCACGUUCAAGCAGCUGAAGAAGGUCAACCAACAGCUGUUAAUCCUGAUCACCGUGUUCAUCGGAAUGGAACAGGCGUUUAUCGGGGCCGACUUUACGCAGGCGUACGUGUCCUGUGCCCUCGGUAUCCACCAGAUCGGUUACGUGAUGAUCUGCUUUGGCGUCGUGAAUGCGAUAUGCUCAAUCAUCUUUGGUUCAGCGAUGAAAUACAUCGGACGCGUCGUCAUCAUCAUCCUAGGUGCGUUCGUUCACGGUGGUUGCAUCAUCUAUCUGCUGUAUUGGAGACCACAUCCCGAACACCAGAUCGUCUUUUUCAUUCUGUCCGGUCUGUGGGGAAUCGGGGAUGCUGUCUGGCAGACGCAGAUUAACGGACUGUACGGUGCGCUGUUCCGGCGCAAUAAAGAAGCCGCCUUCUCGAACUAUCGACUUUGGGAGUCGGUCGGCUUUGUCGUUGCUUACGCCUACUCGACCGCCCUGUGUGCCCGGAUGAAGCUGUACUUGCUGUUCGGUGUACUGGUAUGCGGAAUGAUCGGCUACACCAUUGUGGAAAUCCACCAGUCAAAGAAGGAAAAACGCAUGAAGAAGUUAGAGGAGAUUCCCAAGCAACAGCAAACCGAGGCGGACCGGAAGGCGAUCGAGGAGGACGACGAAAAGGAUGAGCUCGAAGAGGACAUCGUGGUAACGCAUCUGUAAUCGAGCGGAGCAAACAGAAACAAAAGCAGAGGCAACAAGCGAACCCUUGAACAGCGAAGCGAACACUCGGACUCGGUGACGUUAGUUGCAUGUCCAGGUGAGUGGGGAAUAAUCAGCUGUUUUGUAAUUAUGGCGUAAGGUGAUGUUCGAGACAAAUAGUACACCGAGAUGUCUACUAGCCUAUGGUAUAUGCGACGUAUGAGCAAUCGGUAGUGACCGUCGUCGCCUUCGAAGGGUUACCGUUUGAGUUAAAAAUGUGUACAUUCUUAAAGCUGAAACCAUCGUAUGCAAAUAGAAUAAACUACAACGAAGCUAGCUCCUUUA